CCCACGGUUUCGUAGCACUAACGAGACUUAUCUUCUGUUAUUAUUAUCUCCUGGUUUUCUGCCUAAUGAUAGUGUGGAAAUUUGUCAAAGCUUACGCAAUUCCUCACGGACUUAGCACUGUUAGCCGCAUAUGCUCAACAGGCUCUCCAACCUGAGAGACAACUCCCGACUCUCUCAACAGUUUUAGCCUCAAUCAACCUGCCUGAUGGCUAGCUGCUUUGGAUAUGACACUUGAUGAUAUGAUAAAGAGCGGGCGUAAUAGUGAGAGAAGUCAGAAAAGUCGGGGCGAGACAGACCUCAACGUGGAAGAGGGACCAGUAGAUCAUUUAGAGGUGGAAAACGUGCUGGAGCUCCUCCUGGUCGAGGUGCUCUUGGUGUUAAUGCCAGAUCAUCAGCCCACACCAUUGUUGUCUUUCCGCAAGAUAAAAGAUUUUCCUUGGCAGAACGGUUUGUUUGAAGAUAGCCUUAGAGCAGCUGGGUUAUCAUCUGGAUUUGAAAGUGGGGCCAAGUUAUAUGUUUCCAACUUGCACAAUAGCGUGACCAAUGAAGAUAUAAGUGAACUCUUCUCUAGAGAUUGAAGAAUUAUUGGUAAUGUAUGUCAUCCACUAUGACAAGAAUGGCUGACAAAGUGGUUCCGCUGAGAUACAAGCAAUGUACCUAAUUGGAUGGAAAGGCUAUGAAGAUUGAAGUAGUUCCAACCAACCCGCAAGUCCACAUGUUAAAACUUAGAUAUACUACGUAUGGAAGGUGGUAGAUAUUCGGUUGAUUUGGGUAACCUCCAACGCAAUCGAAGGAACGAGAUUGAGAGGAAGAAAUCCCGCAAAGGUAAAGAACUUGCCGGUUCUUCAUCUCAAAGCCGAGAUGAUUUUGAAACGGGUUACCAAAGGCGAGAUGGAGAUGCGAUGUCCGAAGAACAACUCCAACAAGAAUUGGCCCGACAUAAUAACCGCUUUCUACAACAACAACAAAUGCCGACGACCAUUGACGAAGAGGAGCUUGAGGAUGAAGAUGCGGAGGAAUUGGAACCGGAGACGGCCGAGGAGGAGGGUGCCGGCAGCCACGUCGCCGACGAGCCUGCCUCAUCCCAAACCGCCACCGGUAAUAAAAAAAGUAAGUCUAAACUAAUGAAAAAUAAUUUUGAUAAAUGGAAGGACCCACAAACCGGCUAUUGGCACGCAACUUGCAAGUGGUGCAACAACAAUUAUAGUUUGGGAACCUCCGGCGGAUACGGAUCCGCCGCAAGGCAUCUUAAGGCAAAGCACCCCGUGGAGUAUGCAAAAUUAGGCGGCGGAACGGGGAAGCAAACUCAAAUAUCGAGGUUUGCGAAUUCUCAACCUUUUGGUAAUUUCUCCUACAAUGAUGCACAAAAUUUGACUGGUAUGGGCCGUAUGGCUAACUUUAUUUGUGAAGACAAUUUGUCUUAUUUGUUUUCUGAAAGUCUUGCUUUAAGAGAUUAUGCACAAGGUAGUUUAAAUCCUCAAUUUAGAAAUUAUAGUCGCAAAACUGUUAAGAAAGAAAUAAUAAGGCUUUAUAAAGCGGAAAAGGAAAGGUUACAAAUUUUUUUUGCAAACUUUGAUGGGCGUGUUACUAUUUGUUCUGACAUAUGGGAGGAUGAUUUUCAUCAUUUAUAUUAUUUGGGUCUGACUGCACAUUAUAUUGAUGAGGAUUGGAAUAUGCAUAAACGUGUUCUUGCUUUUCGUGAAUUUAAUGAUCGUCACACCGCUGAACAUAUUUAUAUUUUGAUUGAGCGUAUUUUAAUUGAGUAUAAUUUGAUUGAUAAGGUGUUUGCUAUUGGUUUCGAUAAUGCUACUAAUAAUACUGCUGCUAUACCUAGAUUGCGUGAGUUGUGUGGUGCCAAUACUUUGAUGGGUAGAUUUUUUCAUCAACGGUGUGCAUGCCAUGUUAUAAAUUUAUGUGUGCAAGACGGUUUAAAAGCGUCAGGAGAUUCCAUGGAGGUAAUCAAGGGGGGGAUUAGACGUAUUUGGGGUAAUGGUCAACUUAGAUUAAAAUGGCAAACUUAUUUGACUGAAAGAGGUGUGAGAUAUGUUGCUUUUCCUAAAGAUUUGAGUAUUCGUUGGAAUAGUACUUAUAAAUUACUUAAAGUUUUUCUUAGAUAUAAAGAACAUUUUCCUGCUUUUUUAAAAGAACAUGAUAACUAUAUUAUAAACGCGGCUGAGAUCGACACUUGCGAAAAAAUCUGUAAUGUUUUGAUAUAUUUUUUUAAUGCUACUGAAACUUUUAGUCAUGUUUAUAAACCUACCGCAAACCAAUUUAUUCCACAAGCUGUUAAUCUCGCCGAUGCUUUUAAAGAAUUUCAGAAUCCCGUUUUCGUUCAUUAUUUUUGUGAUUCUAUGAAGAAAAAGUUUUUAAAAUAUUAUGUGCAUAUUCCCCAUAUUUAUGGUAUUACAUUUAUUCUCGAUCCUCGUUAUAGACUUGCUAAUUUGGAAGAUUGUUUCAACUUCUAUUAUCUUGCUUUUUUGGUGAAUUUCCAAUGUAUGACGAUAACCUCAUAGAUCCGAAAACGGAAUACAACGAGGUUAGUACUUUAUUUUAUGCCUUAUUUAAUGAGUUUCGUGCACAAUAUAGUAGGGGUGGGUUCGGUUCUUGCGGUUCGGUUUUGACCUAAAACCAAAUAUAGAAUCAAAGUAAAAAGUUCGGUUCGGUUUCGGUUCGGUUUUACACUCCAAAACUUGGAACCACGGUUUGAUUGGUUCGGUUUGUUUCGGUUCGGUUUCGGUGUUUUCGGUUUUUUACCAAAAAAUUAUCACUUGAUUCAAAAUUGAUAUAAUACUUGGAGGGAUCAAACAUAUUACAUAAAGAAUGCAAGCGCAAUACAACGACAAAUAAAAUAAAAAUGAGAAGAGAUAAAUAUGUCUUGAAUUAUAUGAGUAUGCGAGAUAGAUAAAACUGUAUAUAUUAUAGAUUUAAUUUGUUUGUGAGUAGUUCGAAAAAAGUUCAUGAAUAUAUACAUUCUAUACUUUUAUGUGAUAUAGUUGAGAUGAAUAUUUAUUGUUUUAUCAAUAUAAAAUCUUUAAGUUAUCUAACUAGUAAACACAUAUUAUUAUCUUUCAAUAUAGCUACAUUAUUACAGACAAUGAAUGUGUAAAUGAAUUUAUAAACUAAAUUAAACUAAACAUAACACAAACAUUAUUUUUCUAACACAAGAAAGCCAAAGACUAUUGAUGAUAUUAAGAUUAAUUACAAUUAAUGCCUAACAAUUUAAUUAUAAAUUUCAUAUUUUAAAUAAUUCGGUUUGUUCGGUUCGGUUCGGUUUUGAAGGGUAAAAGCCAAAACCGAACCAAACAACUUCGGUUCGGUUCGGUUUUUUACAUUCGGUUUCGGUUUCUUAGCGGUUCGGUUUUAUUUGGUUGCGAUUCAAUUUAAUUUGAUUCGGUUUUCGGUUUUCGGUUUUUCGGACCCAGCCCUACAAUAUAGCAACGCUCCCCCUCCCCCGUCACGAACAUCUUCAUCUAAAGGAAAAUCGAUUUUUAAAUCUGCAUUUGGCAAUCUUAUGAAAAAAACAAAAACAACUCACAUCACUGAACAAAGUGCAUUGAAUGAGAUUACUUUGUAUUUAACAUAUGAAGUUGAUUUUGAAGAAAAUGAUGACUUUGACGUUCUAGACUGGUGGAAGUCAAAAGAAAGAACGUUCCCGAUUUUGGCACGGAUGGCUAAGCAAGUACUAUCAAUGCCGAUUUCAACAGUUGCUGUGGAACAAGAAUUUAGUUCGGCCUGCAACGUCCUAACGGCAUCUAGAUCGAGAUUGAGCGCGGAGUCUCUUGAGACGCUUAUAUGCUACCACGAUUGGUUGAAGGCCGCACGUAGAACUCAAGAAAUGAGCAUCACCCCCUCCCAAGAUUUUAUGGAUGACUCAACAACCGAUGGUGGCUCUACCUAUGCCGGAGGUUCCGAUUGAUUAGUAUUUUAGAAUUUAUUAUAAAAUGUAUUUUGUAGCACUUGUCAAAUUUAUUUAUACUUGUACUUCAUAUUUCAAAAUUGUAAACUUGUACUUCAUAUUUCAAAAUUGUAAAUUUGUAGUUGUACUUCAAAUUAAUUUGUAAACUUGUACUUCAUAUUUCUAAUAAAU